AUGGGUCCAACUCCCGGAAAGCUUCCAAAGGUGGUGGGUGCAACCAUCUGCAACCCCGAAACUCCUUGCGGCGACUGCGCGAUCAAGGGCACUGCAAUGUUAGCAUGUGACAGAAAGGAAUCUCCCGAUGAUGAUGCUUGCCCAACACCGCCACCAAGAUACACAGUGCUUGAAGAUGAUAUACCUGAUGGCGGCGUAAAAGAUGCUGACGAAAGUGCAUAA